AAAGCCGAGAGAAGGAAAGAGGUAGAGAGCGUGAGCGGCACGCGUGGAAAAGAAGCAUAUUUGAUAUAGAGUAGCGUGUUAAGAAUUAGUAGUUUUGUUUCCUUCGCGGACCACACUACAAUACACCACUUUGUCUUUCUUCUUACAUUCUUCGCUUAUCACUCAUUGCUCAUCUCGCAGAUUCAAAUUCAACGCAACUACGCUUCCCUCAGUCACUCACUCUCCCUCACACUUCAUUUUUUUUUCUUUUCCAAAUUAUAUGUCUCCACCUAUCUCUCUGUCUCUGAUAUAAACAGCGAACCGCGUUUUCAGAUCUCGAACGGUAGUUAGACGAGGCGAGAGACGAUAGGUUUGCGGUUUUCUGUUUUUUCAUCUCAGAUUUUUUAAAUGGAGGAUACAAUAGAUGCUACUGCAACCUUGGAUUAUGCUUCAAUUCACAUUUUUCCCCACCAAAACAGGUACGAGGCAUUUGUCUGUAUGGGGACGCAAUCUGAUAAAGUGGCAGCUGGACAUUUGGAACACUUGUUGCCUCAUUUACCUGCAAUAAAUGAUUUGUAUGCUGAAGGAUUUGAUGCAAAAUUCGAUCUUGAAUUACCAGAAAAUCUGCAUGGUGCUGAAUGGUUUUCAAAAGCAACACUUAAAAGGUUCCUUCAUGUUGUUAGUUCACCAGAUUUGAUAAAUGUCAUCAGCAGUAUCCUGGAUGAGAUGUCUCAGUUGGAGGAUUCAAAGAAAUUUCAUGUUUCUUUAUAUGGGAAGGGCCACAAGGAUCAUCUCGAAAUGGAAAGAGAUGGUAAUUAUAGCUCUUAUGGUGAAGCACCAGCUUCCAAACCAGAAGUUAGCAUUGUGUCACCCGAUGUUUCAAAGAAUGAAUUGUUACGAGCAAUGGAUCUAAGAUUAACAGCUUUGACUGACAAAUUGGCUGACACUUUUAACAAAGCCACUGGUGCUACAUGCUCCCCUGAAGAUCUGACCUAUUUAGCAAAAUUUUCUCAACAUUUUGGGGCCACUAACAUAGGGCAUUCUUUAUGCAAGUUUAUAGAACUAAACCACAAGAACCAGCAUGUUGGGCCCCUGAGCAAUGAAACAAUCUUGCACUCAUGUGAUGUGACAAAAGACAAUGCAAACAAGAUUGUCAAAAGCCUGCAGAGUUCCAAACCAUUACAUUCUAAUACACCAGUUAAGUAUGGUGUUUCACCAGCAAAAGCUGCCCAGGUUGAGAGACACGGUUCAACAGAAAGUGAGGAAUCUUCUAACUCUAGUGAUGAGGAUCAAACAUCUACUGAGAGAAGCCGUUCUCUUGUAAGAUCUGCAACACCCAGAAGAUCAGCAUCCCCUAUGCGAAGGGUCCAAAUAGGAAGAACUGGACCCCGCAGAGCUGCCGCAUUAACUAUCAAGAGUCUCAAUUAUUUUCCUGGCAGAGAGAGGCCAAAUACGUUUAGAGAUGCUUCUGAAAAUGACUAUGAAGGGGAAGUAUCUGACCAAUCCUAUAAGAAAUCAGAAAUUGAUGUAAGAAGGAUAACUGUACAAGAUGCCAUCAGUCUUUUUGAAAGCAAACAACGUGAUCAAACUACUGAUAUUCAGAAGAGAAAGUCAUUAGCAGAUGUUUCUGUUAGUACAAAUAAAUCUGUCUUGAGAAGAUGGAGUGCCGGUAUGGGGGAAACCUCUGUGCAAGACCAGCCAGAACAUGUCCCUGAAGAUCCCGUUCCAGUGACUUCUAAUGAUACGGUGCAUUGCGAGAUUCCAAAAAAUUCAGAUCUAGAAGUGGUUUCAGAUUUUGUUUCCCAAAUUGACAGUAGUAACGAGAUUACUGAUUGUGAUAAAAAACCAGAAAGACGGGAAAAUGUAGGUUUAUACACUGAAGAUAAUCCAAAUGAAACCAACCCAGAGGUAAAAGAUGAAACUGUAAAUAAGUUAGCAGCAUCAGCAGACUGGAAUCAACGAAAGCAAGAAGAAUUCAAUCAAAUUCUUAAAAAAAUGGUUGAAAGCAAGCCUGUUUUAUUUGGGAAGUCCAAGCCCAGCAGAAACCAGAGUAUUUCAUUUGAGCAGAGAGGAGGGUCUUACAAUCAUUAUAAGGAAAAGCGUGACGAAAAACUUAAAGGAGCAAAGGCUGGAAAAGUAGAAAAAGAAGCACAAUUCCGACAAAUGCAGCAACUACUUGAUAAGAGUAAGGUUGAAAUGACCAAAAGUGCGAGUGCAAGUAAAAUAGGUUCUUCAAGAUUGCCCCAAACUUCUCAAAGAAAAUCAACUCAAGCUGCAAAUUCUCCAAAGGAAAUAUCUAAGCCUUCAGCUACAAAAAGGAUAUCAUCUAGAACGUCACCCAUGCCUGCUACACGUAAGUCUUGGUCAGCAACACCUUCACCAAGGACAGCUGGUACGUCCCCAGCCAAAGCACGUGGUGGAAUUUCAUCUGCCAACACCACCCCAACACGGCGGAAGCCUGUGUCCACUACAUCUGUUCCCCAACCAAGCCCCCAAAAGGAAAGGUCUCAGCCGCGGAAGAGAAACGACAAAGAAACUCAGACCAGCAAUAAUUCCAAGAGCCUCAGAAGCAUGACUGAGAAGCGGCAGCCAGCUGUCCCAAACAAGAGCAAGGCAGUCAAAGCAAAAGUGACGACAGCUUCUGAAGAAGCCUCUGUUCCUUCAAAGACUAUCUUAAGUAAUAAGGGAACCAAGAAAAGCAGUGUGGUGCCUUUGGAAUCAAAACCAUUUUUACGCAAGGGUUCUCGGAUGGGGCAUGGAACUGCCGAUCUUAUCAAGAAAAAAGGUCCUCCUAAAAGUGAAAAAUCUCAGAAAGAGAGUGCAGAUCUUAUUGAAGAUCGAGAAAGUGAGUUGGUUGUCAAUGCUUCUGACUUGGUCAGUCACCAUUCAGACGGGGAUACGAUGACACCUAUUCAUCAGAAUGCUGCUACAGUACCAGACCCUCAGAUAAAUAACCAAUCGCAAUGCAGUGAGCCAGAGAAGUUAGACCAAAAGCCUACUGAUGGUGAUGUCGUAACAUACACGGAAGAGUCUUCCUUAAAUAUAAGGAAUGAAGAAGAAUUAACCAUAUCACCUUCUGCCUGGGUGGACACAGAAGAGGAUUCGUCCAAGCCAUGUGAGGAUGACACAUUUCAAUCAGUAUCUCUGGCAAAUGCUGUUCCAGUGGGAUCAUCUAGUCCUCGUGUUCGUCAUUCUCUAUCACAGAUGCUACAGGAAGAAAGUAGUGAACCUGACACUUGUGAGUGGGGAAAUGCCGAGAAUCCCCCUGCCAUGAUAUACCAAAAAGAUGCACCCAAAGGUUUGAAAAGACUGUUGAAAUUUGCUCGGAAGAGCAAGGGCGAUACAGGUUCCACUGGCUGGUCUAGCCCAUCUGUUUUCUCUGAAGGAGAGGAUGAUGCAGAGGAACUUAAAAAUUCUAAUAAAAGGAAUGCUGACAAUCUACUGAGGAAGGCCGCACUCAAUGUGAAAAGCUACGGACAACCAAAAAAUUCAGUACAUGAUGGAUAUGAAAGAAAUUUAGCAGGCAGAGGUGAUGGCAAGGAUUCUCACAAGAUGCAAGACGGUGCUGGUCCAACCACAAGAGGGUCAAGAUCAUUCUUUUCUCUUUCAGCUUUUAGGGGAAGCAAGCCCUGAGUCAAAGUUUCAUGGGAAACUGCCAUUAACUUUGCCAUCAUCCCUGGACCAGAUCUGUAUCAACUAAAGCUAAAUCAGAAUAAUUUCAGCGCGCGAUGUUAUAAAUUAUAUUGCGAAGUGGGGGGGUUUGGUGAAAUGCUGUAAAUUCAUUAAAUUGUGUUCGCCCUAUUUCUAUACAAUUUCCGAAAGUCAUAUCAUAUUAUCAGGUCUUCCCUAGGAAAAUUUUCCCAUAGCUGGAUUCUUUGUUGUAGUGUCCCAAACGUUCAUUUCAUCGUAUGGUGUUGUUACUUCGGAAAUAUUCAUCACUGUAGAUAACUAAAUGAUUAUGUUCUUUUUGUCAGCUCAAA